CGUAGAUGUGGUCCAAAGUCAAAUGGCCAUUCAGGGUACUCAUCAGAAUCCGUACUCAUAAGUUUGGACAGAGACCUCGCAUACUGUAUUGGCAUCAAACUCAGGUACUGUUGCAGAAAGGCAGAAAGGAACUCGUGCUUGAGAGGUCAAAAUCGGAGGUGUCUAGUCCGUGUAUCUGCCUUCACUGGGUGCGCCGAAAUUGUCAAUCCGACAUUGUCUCAAAGGAUCCCUCAAGACCCCUGCAGGUGACGAACGACCAAACAGAGAGACAUACUAUGCCAGAAGGACUCGCCGGUGAUCUGAGGUGUGUGGGUAAUUGGUCAAAUGCGACCUGCAGCAUUCAUUGCAAGGACACAUGUCGUAUGUGAUUGGGAGAGGAUUUGGCAGCACGGACGUGGAGGGCUAUGCACCGUAGGUCGGUGUGCUGGUACUGCAGAAUUCACACACCGGGUUUCCCAGCCUAAAGAUGCACUGCACUUGCUUUGUAGAUGAUUCAUAAGCUCUGAAUCGGAAUCUUCAGGCGGUGGAUUUCAUACGCUCAAUGUAAAGGCAAAGUGCAGCCAGUAACUCCAGGCAAGCGCAAAGUUGUGGAGGCCAGGACUAUGAACCAGCAUGUAGACGCCAUGUCCGCUUGUCUCCUACGACAGGCAAUCGGCGGAAUUGAGCCUAAUGGAGGUGGAGUUAAUCAGCUGAGCUAUUUAUGCUGGAGGGAGGCUGAGCAGCGCAGCUCAGCUCAGUCGAGAGAGUAUAUUUUGUCAUUCUGGAUGCUCACUUGAGAUGCUAGUAAUCAUCUUCAUACUGUUCUGUUAAGCCUCCACGGUAGGGUUCUAAAAGAUAUAGACUGUUGUUGAGAGAUGUCCUUCACCAAGGAAGAAUAAACCGC